GUCCGAAACAUAUUUAGUUAGUCACAACAGUUACGAAGAAGAGUUGAAAACACCUUGAUGAUCUCUUGGACAAUCCGCUCCAUAUCUCCUUUAAGUGUCGAAACAAUCUACCUCGAAUCUUGAUUUUUGUCGAGUUUUAUGUUAUUUAUCUGAAGCCUCUCCAGUUGUACAUUUCGUACUGUUCGUUUUUAUAGCAAUACUAAUAAAUAACGUGACUUGGUGAUAAGGAAACAUUGCACUAUAUUUUUGAUUGUUUCUGUCUAUACUAUUUUGCACUAAAAUAUUGGUGAAGAUGCACACCACGCAGAAGGACACGACCUACACGAAGGUUUUUGUCGGGGGUCUUCCGUACCACACCACGGAUUCCAGUCUCAGGAAAUACUUUGAAGUGUUUGGAGAAAUUGAAGAAGCAGUCGUGAUUACCGACCGACAGACCGGCAAGUCCAGGGGGUAUGGAUUCGUGACGAUGGCAGAUCGCUCGGCUGCAGACAGGGCCUGUAAAGAUCCCAACCCCAUCAUUGAUGGCAGGAAAGCCAACGUCAACCUGGCGUACCUGGGGGCCAAGCCACGGGUGAUGCAGCCAGGUUUCACUUUUGGUGUUCCACAAAUUCAUCCUGCCUUUAUCCAAAGGCCUUAUGGGAUCCCUGCUCAUUAUGUGUACCCUCAGGCCUUCAUGCAGCCAAGCACCAUGGUCAUCCCUCACGGCAUGCAGCCCAGUGCCGCCUCCACCGCCUCCUCACCGUACAUCGACUACACCGGAGCCGCCUACGCACAAUAUUCCGCCGCAGCUAGCGCUGCCGCCGCAGCCUACGAGCAGUAUCCCUACGCUGCCUCCCCUGCGGCGGCCGGGUACGUAACUGCGGCCGGUUACGGCUACGUUCAGCAGCCCCUAGCUACGGCCGCACCGGGGUCAGCCGUCGCUGCAGCCGCAGCUUUUGGUCAGUAUCAGCCUCAGCAGCUGCAAGCUGACCGCAUGCAAUAGCAGCCACUGCAGCCAUUGGACACGAGGGGAUGGGAGGCCCAUGGCUGAUUGGCUGUGCUGAGGAAAGGAGGAGGAAGAGGAAGAAAGAGGGGCUGUGUCAUUAAGUGAUGGAAUCGUUAAGAUGGUGAUGAUGAUGAUGAUGGUGGUGGUGAUGAUCGUGAGGUGGGAACUCCAUACAGUAGCUUUCCAACUUGCUGUGCUUAAACCAAAAUAAAUAAAUACGAGAAAACGUUACCAAUUCACAGAACUAAGUAAGGUGGAUUUAUCCUUAUGAUUAUUAUUGUUGUUAUUAAUAUAAUUAUUACUAUUAUUAUAAUUGUAGUAGAGUAUUUAUUUAUAGAGGAGAAAUGCAACAACUAAGCUUGGUGUAAAACAUGACCUUAUGUUCCAUUGCUGUCAUUAACAUAGAAGAGAGAGAGAGCGUUCUCUUUACGGGACACUUAGGCGUGUCCCAAAGUGUUUUGUGUUCUGAAGCCCUUAUAACAUAUAUUUAUUAUCACAUUU